AUGGCUCUCAGAGUGUUCGCGUCGCAGGCCGCCACAUCCCUGAGGGUUCGUUGCCUUCCAGCGACAGACAGCCUCAUUGCUCCCUUCUGGCGAUCAUUCGCUUCUGCUGCAGAGAACCGGAAGUAUUUGAAAUCACAUGAAUGGGUCGAAGUGAACGGCGAGGUCGGAACAGUCGGCAUCUCAGAUUUCGCCCAAAAUGAGUUGGGAGAGCUCGUGUUCGUGGACAUGCCAAAGGCCGGCACGCAGGUCAGCAAGGGACAAACGUUCGGCGUGGUGGAGAGCGUGAAGGCCGCCAGUGACGUGUACUCGCCCGUCACUGGAGAGGUUGUUGAGACGAACGAGGAGCUCGGCAGCAACCCUGCCCUGGUGAAUACCUCUCCCUUUGCUGAUGGGUGGAUCAUGAAGGCCUCCGCCCUUUCCCCGCAUUGUGUCUUCAACAUCGCGGCUCGUCUCUAUUCAACACCACCCACCACCAAUGUCUCUCCAUCCCCUUUCAAAGCACCAGCAUUUUUCGAGUUCAGUGCCGAGACUCCGUUCAUUCCUCCGCCUCCACCAUCGUCUCUGCGAAUCGUUGUUAUCACGCAAAUCUCACCGAUGGCGGUCAGAGCACUGCACUCCUCCAUCCACCCAACUACCUUCCCACCAGCGAGUCGACCAGCACACAAUCUUCGCAGCUCGUCCCCUCCCUCUCCCGCAUUCGUCCAUUUAGAAUCCAAGCAGAGUUCCGCUGCCGUCGCUCCUCGCGUCCAGUCACGAGCCUCCCGUCAGCAAAGAGUCGUCCUAGCCUCGCAUGGCCCGUCAGCUGCCGGCCCGUCAGCAGCGGCGCAGUCACCACCACGUCAAACAACUCCUCAGCCGUCGGCGGCAGCGGAUCUGCCAUCACAUGUCUCGAGCCACGACAAGCUCGCUCGAGCUGCGGAAUGGCUGCGGAAGGCUGCGAGUGGAGCCGUCGUCGGAGCGGCGGCGGCGGCGGUGCUUCUAGUCGGGAUUCCCGCCCCGUCAGUUGCGGAGAGCUUGCUAAGCGGCGAAACGACGGAUGUGCUGAUGAGCGACGCGGCGAUGGGCGUGGAGGAGGAGAACGGCGUGCUCACUCUCAUCGUGCCCCGACCGCACAUCACUGGGGUGGAGGCGGCGCAGCGGACGAUGGUGGAGGCGUGGGGGAUCGUGCGCGAGGCGUUCGUGGAUCCCACCUUCAACCACCAGGACUGGGACCGCCGCCUCGCCGCCGCCAUUCGCGGCAGCGUCUCGGCGGGCAGCGCGGACGACGCGUACGCGCUCGUGCACGACAUGCUGGCGACGCUGGGCGACCCGUUCACUCGCCUGGUGUCGCCGGGCGACUACGACAGCUUCCGCGUGAGCAGCGACGGCGGUCUCGAGGGAGUGGGGCUGUUGCUCGCCUCCGACACCACUGACGGCCGCCUGCUGGUGCUCUCGCCCAUCGAGGGCGGCCCCGCGGAUCGAGCUGGCAUCCACACGGGCGACGAGGUCGUUGCGGUUGACCAUUCCCCGUUGAGCGGCAUGAGCGGGCAGGAGGCGGCGAACCUGCUGCGAGGCAAGGCGGGCACAGCAGUCACACUCACCGUGCGCCCCGCUAGAGCUGACGUGGACGGCUCUGAUUUGCCGGAGGGAACAACGGACAUCCUGUUGAGGCGCGAGCCAAUAGCGCUGUCACCAGUGUACGCGACGGCGCUGCCCCACCACACGGAGCAGGGCGCUCCCACCUCCACCGGCUACAUUCGCCUCGCCUCCUUCUCCCAGAACGCGGCGGAGGACAUGGCGAGGGCGAUAGAGCGGCUGGAGGGCGAGGGCGUGGCCAACUACAUCCUGGACCUGCGCAACAACCCCGGCGGCCUCGUGCACGCCGGGCUCGACGUCGCGCGCAUGUGGCUCGGCUCGGGUGCCACGCUCGUCAACACCGUCGACCGCACCGGCGCCGUGGAGGCCAUUGCGCUGCGCAACUCCCGUGCGCUCACGGACCGGCCGCUGGCUGUGCUGGUGAAUCACGGGAGUGCGAGCGCGAGUGAGAUUGUCGCGGGCGCGCUGCAUGACAACGGGCGGGCGACGCUGGUGGGGGAUACGACGUACGGCAAGGGGCGCAUUCAGACGGUGUUUGAGCUCACGGACGGGUCGGCGCUGUUUGUGACUGUGGCCAAGUACCUAUCGCCCGCCAUGCACGCCAUUGACCAGCAGGAGGCGGCGCUGCCGGGGGGAGGGGUGGGGGGAGGGCGGGCGGUGGUGGUGGAGGAGGAGGUGUAUGGCGCAGAGCUGCAGCGCGACAGCUGUGUGCUUACUGCUGAGAGGCAGCUCGACCGCCAUGCCUGA